AAACAAUUAUUUUUGUGUAUUUUAUCAGAAGUUUAGUUCAAUUCUGUACGCGUGUGGUGAAAAUUCGGGAAAUUAUUGUAGUUAAUAGAUUUUUGGCCAUUAAUACAUUUGAGAAAACUAGUUUUAACACAAUUUUCAAUAUAACAAAAUUACGAUACACAUAAUUUGGAAAAAAAUUAUACAAAUAAAUUUAGGAAAUAUCUACAAAUUAAAUUGUUUAACAAAAAUAUUAAUUUCCUAUCAGUUAAUGGAGACAACAUAAAAAAUCUAUAAGCUGUUUUAAAAGCAAAAAAAUACAACAAAAACAUAAAUGAAAACGUCAAAUAAAAAGAAAAGGUGAAAGAGCAAAUACCAACAAGAUUUUAAACAAAACGAAAAAAGAAAUCCUUAAUAAACGUGAUAAGAAUAGUUUAUAAAAAAAGUGAAAAUCUAUUAAUACCAUAAAAAACAACAACAAGUGUUUGAGAUCGAUUAAUAUAUUUUAUAGAGAGGGAGGAAUGUUUUAAAGAAAAAAAAAAAUAUAUACAUAAUUCCAGAAACACAAUUGAAUUGCGUGGUGUAUAAAAAUUCGUCGGUACCCCCCUGUAGUGUUUAUUACUUUUUGUGUUAUUCCAAUUGUUAUUCUAAUUGUCUAUUAAGUAAAUCUUUAUAAUAUUUUGUAAAAUCUAUUCAUUAAACUGGCCACUAUUAGUGAAAAAUACCAAAAAUUCUUCAACAACAUGGAGGAGGACGAAGAGGAAGAAGUUACAGACAUUAAAUUACAAAUAUUUCAUAACACUGUACGGGAACACAUUAUAUUUCUUCUCCUCUUGAUUAUAUUAUAUUUUGCAUCAUAUGUGUUAAUUUCACGUUUUCGACGCAAAGAUCGUGAUGAUUUAUUUUCCAAUGAUGAAGAUGAAUUAUUAGUUUAUCGCAUAAGCUCAUGGCUUUGUACAUUUUCAAUGGCAAUAGCAGUUGGAGCAGCACUAUUAUUACCCGUCUCCAUAGCUAGCAAUGAAGUGUUAUUGCUUUAUCCAAAUAGUUACUACGUUAAAUGGCUAAAUAGUUCAUUGAUCCAAGGUCUUUGGAAUCAUGUAUUUUUGUUCUCCAAUCUCUCCCUGUUUGUAUUCCUGCCAUUCGCUUAUCUAUUUACCGAAUCGACCGGGUUCUCUGGCAAUAAAAAAGGCAUUAUACCCCGUGUCUAUGAAACAUUUACAGUAUUUAGCCUGUUGGCAUUUGUUGUAUUAGGUCUCACGUAUGUUUUAUCCGCUGUUAUGGAUCCAGAAAAGAUUGGAUUUUUAUCGCUAUUAAAUUUGGGUAGCGUUCAUUUGCCAUUUUUAUAUUCAUGUGUAUCUUUUUUGGGUGUGCUACUGCUACUUGUUUGCACACCAUUUGGCUUUGUACGUCUCUUUGGUGUUGUUGGCCAAGUUUUGGUUAAACCACAUCUCUUGCGUGAUGUCAACGAAGAGUAUAUUGCUUUUCAUAUGGAAGAAGCCAGUGUUAAACGUAAAUUAGCUAAUUUAGAGCUACAAAAUGUUAGCAUUAACGAAUCUCUUAAUGGUACAUUUUCAUCCAAUAACACAACAUACGAUACACCAUCUGGCAGCUAUAUUUUACACAACAUGCUAAAUGGUCAUCAUCAUUCACCGCAUCAACAAAAUAGAAAUAAUUUUAGUUAUUAUUAUAAUAAUCUAUCAUCACGUACUUCAUUAUCACAUUUAAUACAAAGAAAACCAAUGAAUGGUGAGAUACAUGAUCAUCAAGCCAAAUUAAACGAAAGACUGAGAGAGUUGGAAACUGAGCGUAAAGAAUUGGAAAAACUUAAGAAAUCAUCGGCAUUUCAAAGAAAUUUUGUAUAUCCUUUGGCUAUGUUGCUGUUACUGUUCUUUACGGGCAUUACCAUAUUGUUGGUGGUGCAGAAUACACUGGAGUUAUUGAUUGGCAUCAAGGCUCUACCUUUAAGUACACGGCAAUUUACUUUGGGCAUAACUUCCUUAUCGAAGUUAGGUCCCUUUGGUGCCGGCCUAGAGGUGUGUCUGAUAUUUUAUUUGGGAGCCACUUCAGCAGUGGGUUUCUACACCAUGCCCUUUAUGCGUAAUGUAAGACCACAAAGGCGCAAAACUUCACUAUCACAAUUGAUACUUAAUUGUGCUUUAGUGUUGAUUUUAAGUUCUGCCCUGCCAUUACUAAGCCGUAUUAUAGGCAUUACCAAUUUCGAUUUACUGGGUGAUUUUGGUGCCAUCGAAUGGUUGGGCAAUUUCCAAAUCGUUCUACUUUACAAUCUGGUAUUCGGCUCUACCACUGCUUUAGUAGUGGCCAAUAAAUUUACCGCCACCGUGCGUCAAGAGCUUUGUGCGCGGUUAGUAGAGAAUUAUGUAAUUUUUACUAACUACAUGUCAUUCAUCAACUGAUAUUUACUAAAACGACGCUUUAAAACCAUUAAAAUUCUGCCAAAUCAUACUACACUACCAACAACGACAUUAACAACUCACCCAUCUUCACCUAUGGUUCCUAUUAAACAUUUAAAAUCUUCUAUUUUACCCACAACAUUUUCAUCAUUCUUUUCUAUGGCUUUAAUUAUGUGGCGUAGUGUGAUUAAUCAUUUAAAUGAUAAUGGUUUUAUUGUGUCGUUCUUAAGAGUUUUUGCCAAUUUUCAUACUAGAAAUACAAAAGUUUAAGUUCAUUUCAAAAAGCUACAUUUUCUUUUCUUAAUAUAAAAUUUAAAUACAUAACAAAUCAAUAACUUAUUUAUCAUUAAACAUUUUAAAUUUGUAAUUUAGUAAUAAACUCUAUAAAUCAUUUAACAUUUUAAUUUAUAAAUAACUUUAUGUUUGAUGUACCAUGUCUUAAUUUAUUUUUAGUGAAACAUUUAAGAUUAAUUAAAUAAAUUAUA